ACAGCGAUUCUUAGUCAAGGUACUGUGACAGUGGCUGCUGAAUUGUUUUGAAUGCAACUCACAUUAGACGAAGGAGUAGCUUUCUCUGAACGGCAUCAAUUUAUGAUCACAUUGGACAAGAACGAUUUUAAAGCUGGGUGUUAAAAGCCGCUCCGCAAUACGUUCAAUUCUGGUGCCGAAUGCAACCGUUCUGAACAGUUCAGAAUAAUGCGGGAAUUGUUCUGAACAGUGGUUAUCCGCGGAUGGACCUGGCGCCUGUCGCGCUGAGACAUCAUUUACAAUCCGCGGCGACACUGACGAGGCGGCACCGCCGACAGGAUGGUGGAGCGGUCGGACCGAGCCCCUCUGCUGGACUGGGAGGAGGUUCCGGCUCCAGCGCCGGUCCCCGCUAAGGACCGACUGUCGAGCCCCUCCAACAGCCGCGCCAUAUCGGGAUGCCCCGCGCCGGUGUUUGGGUGGAGCAGCGGUCCGGGGGGUCCCGCUCCCUGCAGGUCUGUCCCCGGCUCAGACGGCUGCAGCACCCCGCCCACGACCUCCAGCACCCCGGCGGGCGCGGACGAAGGGCCGCGUCCCGACGAGCAGCAGCAUCUGUCGGAUUCGGCACCGGGGGAGGUGUCGCUGGAGGACAGGAUGGUGAAAUGGGAGGAAACGGACCAGAUUGUGUCGGUGUUUGUGGUCACAUUCAACACCAGAUCAGGAAACAUGCUGGAGUGGUGUUUGCCCAAAGACAUGGACCUUGAUGGCGUGGAGUUCAAAGCCAUCGCCAGCGGCUCCCACCGAGUCACCACAGACUUUAUCUACUUCCGGAAGGGCUGCUACUUCGGCCUCGCCUGUUUUGCCAACAUGGCGGUGGAGAGCAAGGUGGAGAGGGGGGCGAGGAUGAAGUCGGUAGGGAUCCUGUCUCCUUCCUACACCCUGCUCUACCGCUACAUGAGCUUCCUGGAGCACCAGGUCAGGCUCCAACUGCAGUCCCCAGGCCACUACUCCCCUCUGGAGGCCUUUUAUGAGGACAAGCGAGCACUCCUGCCCCCCAGUGGAGAUGUUGUUAUUGCAUGUCCAGCCACUGCAUGGGGAGCUGCAAUCAACCACAGCAUGCACCCUGAGAUGAAGAUCACGCACCCGGCGGGCUGCAUGUCCCAGUUCAUCCGAUUCUUCGGCGAGCAGAUCAUGGUGCUGUGGAAACUCGCCCUCCUCCGCAGACGCAUCCUCAUCUUCUCCCCUCCCCCCGUGGGCGUGGUCUGCUACAGGGUGUACUGCUGCUGUUGCCUGGCCAACAUCUCCAUCCCCGGGGUCAGCGCGGCCGUGCCGGAGUUCCGCCCCUUCUUCUACGUUAACGUGGCCGAUAUCAGCGCCCUGGAGAACGAGCUCUCCUAUGUAGCGUGCACCACUGAGAAGAUCUUUGAGGAGAAGAAGGACCUCUACGAUGUGUAUGUCGACAAUCAGAAUGUAAAAACCUGCAGAGAUGGCCUGAAGCCUCUGCUCCGCCUCACUACCACAGACCGGGAGAAAUAUCGCAAGCUCACAGAGCAGAGGCAGAUGUUGCUGUACUCCCAGGAGGAGAAUGGAGACUGUGUGUCUAGUGAAGAGGAUCUCUUUAUUCUGUUUUUCCUGGAGCAGAACAACCGAAUUUUCCAGACCCUGAGCGAGGUGGCAGGAAGCCCCGACCCCACCCUGACGCAGGAGAGCGUGAGGGCCAUGGGUCUGGACCCUCACGGGGACCGGCUCUUCCUGCUCCACCUGCUGGAGAUCUACGGCUACGACACCCUGUUGGUGUCGGAACAGCUCUGCUGCAGCUGAGAGACACCAGACGGGCUUAACUUUUUUUCUGCUUUUCAUCAUUGCUGGUUUUAAAAAGGGAGUUGAUAUGCCUCGCGACAACUCCACGUGCCGCACUACUGGCUUCGUCCUGGGGUCUUCAGGACUGAUGAAGCCUCCAUAAAUGUCUCUGGUUUAACUUAUUUUGUGUGUCCUGUUGUUCACCGUGGUCCUGCGCCCUCACAACCUGAUGACGAGAGCAACGAUGACGGGUCAACUCUCGAGAGUAACGUGGUCAGUUCUGCUUGGAGAUGAACUCACUGCUGAGACAGUUUUCUCACACCACCGAAGGAAUAAUUCCUCAUGGGGAAGGUACAGCACUCCGACAUUUAAUUUGAAGGACGGAGCAGAAGACGUCUUUUGAAAUGAAGAUACUGGUUUGGAGAUAUUCAGUGAAUAAAACGUGCACUGAUGAUUGAUGUAUGAAAGUGAAAGAGAGGCAGCUGUAAAUAACUCUGUGUAAAAUGUGUCUGCGUAUGUGUGAUACGGAGUCCACUUCCCCGCUGUGUUGCUAACCUUAAUAUCAAGUGCUGGAUUUUAAACAUCCCAUUUUAAGCCUCUAUAUCCAAAUCAGGGCCUCACUCCUUGAAAUGUGUAAUUACCAGCAGGUCAAACCGCCUUUGUCUUCGAGGACCAUGUCUGUAACCACUGCUGUUCAAGUGGAUAAGUGACCAAUUAAUGGAUUUGGCCUAUCCGGUGUUUCUGUUUAAUGUCAAGAAAUUUGGGCCUGUGCUGAAACCAAAAUUCAGAUUUUCUAAUGAUGGCCAACAGGCAGGUAGAAUGGCUUCUACGCACUCUGAUCGUCAGCUGGGCCUGCAGUUCAGAAUAAGCCGUCAAUAAGUCAGAACAAUGUUUAGCAUUUCAUGUUUUUUUCUCAAAAACUUGUUGCUUUUUCAGCUUAACAAGAUUCUCCCAGUUCGCUGAGACAACUUUUUUUUCCAACAGCCAACUACAGAAGAGAUUUGAGACGGAGGAGGCUUACACAGUUGUUUACCUUUUUAGCUGUGCAUAAUUUUGAUGAACACUCCAGCAGCAUAUUUUUUAAGUCCUUAAAGAGCAAAAGUGGAGGGUUUUUCAUCGUGUUGUUGAUACAGGAGGUAUCGCGACUUAAACAUGAGAUCACAUGUUUCUUUGUCAUUGGGAAAUGAAACAAGAGACUCCGAGGUGGCGGAAGUGAUAUUUUUUUAUAAUAACUAUCGAAUGACAAUGUGAAAACAGUGUGGCAAUGUGAAAGGGGGGACACCCAAAACCCACAGAACGAUCACCUAAAUCAGCUUCCUACUGUAGUUUCAGUACAGUGUUUAGCUCGGCCCUAAACUUUAAGGUGUUGGUGUCACCGCUUUCAUAGCCUUGUUUUCAGCUGCAGCACUUUUAAUCAAAACCUGUGGAAACCCACCUGGACCACCGGCUCGGCACUAAACACCCAACCAGCUCUGUUAGCAACUAGCUGGUGAAUGUAGUGUUGCAUUUAUGAGCUAAAGCAUAGAUUUUAAUGCUAUAUUCACAGCUUGUUUCCUCUACUACACCCAAGUGUUAUUGCAGUUUUAAAAGUUCACUGACAUUUCUUUGACCACUAGGGGGCACGAGAGCUUAAAAUGACAGAUGGAGAUCUACUACUUUUUAAAUGGUAUAAACGCAUUAGCUGAGAAAUAGAAUUACACAUCCACUGGUCACUAGUUUGUCAAAACGAGCAACUCCUUUCACAUUACAUGUCAUUUGAGUCGAUGUUAAUAUAAAAACGACUUAUUGAUGCUG